UUAAAUAGUAUUUAAUAAAUAACAGUUAAGCAAUUAAUACUUGAUAAAAUGUCUCAAGCUUAUAUUCACGCGUGCGAAAGAGCAGAAUUAUUAGGAUUGCCAAUACCAAGUGAAGAAGAAUGGAAAGAAACACAAAAAAUAGAAGCUCAAGAGCAUACUAAUAAUGAUGACAAAGAUGCAGUGAUCCAAAAUUUGGAUUCUUCAGACGAAGCUACACAACGAAUUGGUGGUGGAUUAGAUGAAUUAAAUAGUAUUCUCAAUGCAACACAAAAAAAGAUCAACAGAUUCAAGACUGUUUGUGGCAGUUUGGGUACUUUACUGAAAGUAAAAGUGGGAUUUCAAAAAAAUACACCAGAUCAUAAAUUCACUGAACAAAACCACAAUGAAGCAAAAGAUGUUAUUCCUGAAACAUCCAUAAUUGAUGAAAACUUGACAGUAGAAUUAUCUAAUGGCAAAAAAUACAUUGAGAAUACAGAAAAUAACUCAGUGAUGUCAAAAACAAUUGAUAUCAAUGAAAAGAUGGGAUCUCAUUUAGAUAAAUUAGAUUCCCUUAUCAAUAAAGCAGAAAAUGCUCAGUAUAGUAUGCAGUAUCAAACAAAACAAAUGAAAAAAAUUUUAAAGUAA